AUGGGAUGUGCCAAUCCCAUGUGUCCUGGGCAGGAGCUGCUCCCCCAAGCUGGAGGAGAACCUGUGGACCUGGUGGCCCUGGCCAUGGUGUGGCUGCAGGAGGUGUGUGAGCUGCUGGAGAUUCCCAGUGGGACAACCAACCGUGGCGAGCUCGGCGCCUUCGUGGCCUAUGCCAUCACCUUCCCCUGCCACUUCCAGGGGCUGCUGGACACCUACUGCGUCCGGAGGAGUGGUUUGCCCAAUUUCUGUGCUGUGGCACUGGCACUGCACCAACUGGGCUACCAGGCCAUCGGGGUCCGACUGGACAGUGGAGACCUGGCCCAGCAGGCCAAGGAGAUCCGCGGAGCGUUCCGAGCCUGUGGAGCUCGCUUCCAGGUGCCCUGGUUUGGGAACAUUCCCAUCGCUGUCAGCAAUGACAUCAGCGAGGAGAGCCUGGAGGAGCUCAGCAGGGAGGGGAGUGAGAUCAACAUGAUCGGCGUUGGGACAAAUCUGGUGACGUGUCCCCUGCAGCCAUCCCUGGGCUGUGUCUACAAGCUGGUGGAGGUCAACGGCUCUCCAUGCCUGAAGCUCACAGAAGAUGAGGAGAAGAUGACAAUCCCAGGGACAAAGAUGAUCUAUCGCCUCUAUGAUGCUGCUGGUCACCCCUUCAUGGACCUCAUGGCCCUGGAGGAGGAGCCUUCACCCAGUGCAGGGCAGGAGUUGGUGGUCCAUGUCCUGGGGAAGCUUGGUGAGACCUGCAAAGUUGUUCCCAACACUGUGGAGCUUCUCCAUCGCACCUACUUCAGAGAUGGCCAGGUGUGUGAACCAUUGCCCAGUCUACCAGAGGUGAGGACCCAUGCCCAGGUGUCCCUCAACCUGCUCAGCCCUGCCCAUCGCCGGCUCCGUGAGCCACAGCCCUACCCGGUGGCCGUGACGGAAAAGCUGCACCAGCUCUUCGUGGAGCUGAGUCAGGGCAGCCAGUGA